AAGCAAUCCAAAUGAAAGUAUUAAUAAUGGAAAGUAAUAUCGAUAUCGCCAUCUCUAAAGGUAAAAAGCUUUUAGAAGGCAGCAGCAAGGGAUACAUAGAUGUCAGAUACUCUACCCCAGAAGAGUGAAUGGUGACUUUGAGAGUUAUUGCACCUGCAAUUGGCGAGGAAAUGGCAGGAUACACCUGAAUGUCUCCAUUCAGCUCCAGCUCAUCAGAGUACACCGUCUACAGAAUGACUAGCAAUGUCAUUGAUCUUGAGCAUAUGGACAUCACUUACUCAGAGAUGGACUCAUACUCAGGUCAAAUCAAGGUCGCCACUGGGAAGAAACACGGUUGUGGAGUCCGGAAGUGGAAGAAUGGUACAAUGUAUAAAGGAGAAUGGGUAGAUGGAGAUAAAGAGGGACAUGGGACUCAGAUUUGGGGGUAUUGAACUGAAUGGGCUGGAGAUCAGUAUGUUGGUCAAUGGCUGAACGGAUUAAUGCAUGGUAAGGGAAUAUACACUUGAAAGAACGGAACCACUUACGAAGGAGAUUGGAGAAACAAUUGCAUGAAUGGCUAUGGAAUCCGUAAAUGGGCUAAUGAAGACAUCUAUGAAGGAUAUUGGGACGAAAACAACAUGAGUGGGCUUGGAACUAUGUAUUAUACUGAUGGAAGUAGCUGGCACGGAACUUGGAAGGGUAGUGUCCAAGUCAUGAAGUUGAAUAAGAAAUAAGCUCACAUAGAUGUUCCUUGAAGCCAGAAGUAGCUUGGUCGAAUUGAGAAGCAAGAGAAUGGCUAUGCAAGUUCUCUGAAACUCUUCUUUGGCUAAGAGCGAGAUGGCAUAAGUGUUAAUUUGUAUUGCGGAUUUGAAAGCUA